ACUUAUUGUGUUGUAAUGUGGAGUUGCACGUACUACCACUCACUCACUCACUACACGUGGAGACGAGUGGAGGCAGCAUUACUCCGGCCGGAUCCAUCCCCACAGACACAGAUCGCCGUCGUCUCCCUCCGGCCGGAUCCAUCCCCACAGAUCGCCGUCGUCUCCCUCAUCCUCAUGGACACCCCACCCGCGGAGGACAAGGCCAAGCGCGCGCGCAAGCGGAGCAGGUACCUCGACCACCACUACCAAACCCCCACCCUCCUCGACGCCCUACACGGCGGCGGCGGCCACCACACCCCACCUCCACCUCCACCUCCACCUCCAACAGACCUGCUCGCCGCGCUCCACCAGGCCGCGGCCUGCCCCUACGACCUCCCGGGGGGCGUCGAUGCCGGCGCGCUCCUCGCCUUCUUCGCCCUCCACAGGGACUCUGUCACUGCCUCUGCCUCUGCCUCUGCGCCCGCCCUCCACAAGGCCAAGGCCAAGGCCAAGGAUACCACUACUUCUAUCAGCAGCAGCAGCAGCAGCAGCUCCUCCUCUCCUCGCCCGAAUCCAUGCCGGGCCAUGGCCCUCGCCCCCACCCACGGAUCUGCCGCCAACGCCCAUGCCAUGGAACAGCCUGCUGGACCAGCAAAUGCACCACCACUGCCACCGGCAGUGGGAGGAGCAGCCGGACACAGCAAGAGGGCACCCAAGAACAAGAAACCCACUGCCAACAGCAGCCCCAAACAAGCCCAGCAUUCCGGCAAGCCGGUGGCGCUCAUCCUCCACUUCGCCGCCGAUCAUCAGCCUCUGCCCACCAAGGAGCAGCUCCACUCCACAUUCCGCGGCUUCGGGCCCCUCAUCGAGCCCAACACCGAGGUCACCAAGAAGCGGGCGCGCGUCGUGUUCCAGGGCAGCGCCGCCGCGGAGGCCGCCUACGGCUGCGUGCACACGCUCGGGCUCGGCGCCGCCUUGGCCGCGGCGCGCCUGCAGUACCUGCGCCCGCCGCCGCCCGCGCCAAAGAUCCCGCUCACGGACGUCAGGAACAACCUGGAGAAGAUGAUCGCGUCCCUCACCGGCCCUUCGCUGCUCGGCAAGGGCAGCGCGUGGAGCCUCGCCGGAGAAAUGCAGCACCUCCUCUUCAAGGUCGACAGGGCCCUGGGUGCCGCCGGGGCAGGGCCUUCCACCUCGGCUGCUGCUCAUCACCAUUGAGAUCAGCUCUGCUCCUGCAACUGCUGGAUGGAGAUAAGCUCCUCCUACCUCCUGCUAGAAUGUUGAGAUCCUACUGGCUGCAGCGACCACAUCAAGCUUCAAUUCCCCAAUUAUUGUGUAAUAAGCAGGCCAUCUCCUACCUCCUAGUAUAGUAUAGUAUAGCUAGUUUAGUUAGUGAUCCAGCUUGUCUUGUAAAUUAUGAACUCUAGUGCUGCUGAGAACCAUUGUAAUAUAUAUAUCUAGCGAUGGUCGAGCUUCUAAUGCUCAUGUGUAAUAUAUAUAUCUACCUGCUACAAAAAAUGAAGUAAGCUCCGGUGUGCUUGUUCC